CGGGGAAGCGCUAGCUAUGAGCUGCUGAUCAACCCACGCUCCUCUUCACCACCCGCCCUCUCCACACACGUCCAGGCACUCUCCUCGGGGCAGCCAUCAUGCUCCCUCGCCUCGUCCUCCUUGCGGGCUUCGUCCCCUACACCUACGCCCUCUCAAUACCCCGGCUGCCCUCUCUCGCCACUUUUGCUGGUGCCGGCCACUCGCAGCAGCAGCAGCCGCUUCAGGAUCCCUUCGAUGCCUGGAUACAGCAUGAAGAGGAGGUGGCACUCGACAAGCUCCUCGCCAAUGUCGCGCCUGGAGGCAGCAACGUCAAGGGAAAGGGCGUAGCCGAUGGCACAGUCAUUGCCAGUCCCAGCCAGAACGGUCCCGACUACUGGUACCAAUGGGUCCGUGACGCUGCCAUUACCAUGGACGCUCUAGUCAACAUCUACGCCGACGAUCCUACGUCUUCACGUGCAUCUUCUCUCUCCACUAUCCUCGACGCAUACACUUCCCUUCAGAGUAGUAUCCAGCACACGUCCAACCCAUCGGGCAAAUUCGAUGACCUUUCUGGCCUUGGUGAGCCCAAGUUCCGUGUCGACGGGAAGCCCUUCACCGGCUCGUGGGGAAGACCGCAACGUGAUGGCCCCGCUCUGCGCGCACUGACGCUCAUGCACUACCUACGCGAGUACAACGCAUCACACCCCUCGCUGUGGACCUCGGCCGGCUCCGAAGACUUUUACGGUCCAUUCUAUACCGCCGAGAUGCCUCCGCGUAGCAUCAUCAAAGCCGAUCUCGAGUAUGUGAGCCACUUCUGGAACCAGUCUGGAUUUGACCUCUGGGAGGAAGUCGAGGGUCUGCACUUCUUCACCCUCAUGGUCAGCGCGAGAAGUUUGAGAGAAGGCAGCCAUCUCGCAAGGUCCUUUGGAGAUGCUGGCGCGGCAGACUGGUACCAGGAGCAGGCUGAGUACGCCGAGAACUUGUUGACCAAGUUCUGGAACGCACAGAAAGGCCAUCUUGUUGAAACGCUGUGGAGCAAGAGGACCGGCUUGGACUGCGGGCUACUUCUCGGUUCUCUGCACGCCCUUCCUAAAAAGGGAUCAGAGGAUGCUGCCGUCUACCCGCCGUGGUCUGAUGAGAUUCUUGUGUCUCUGCUCGCCUUGACACGCGACCAGCGCAACCGUUUCCCCAUCAACAGCCGUCCUUCUGACCAGGACGAUGAAGAUGUAGACGAGACUUCUCUGCAAGGAACCGGCAUUGGCCGUUAUCCUGAAGAUGUGUACGACGGCUAUGGUAACUCGCGCCGCGGUGGCAACCCCUGGUUCCUAUGCACCUCUUCCGCCGCUGAGGUCCUGUUCCAGACCGCUUCCCACGUUUCUGUCGCCGGAACACUGACCAUUACUGAAACCGGCCUUCCUUUCUACGAAGCUCUCCUUGCCAGCUCAUCUCUCGACGUGAACACGGGCACUUUUAGUCCCUCUGAUGCACUCUUCCACUCCGUCAUCGAACGCCUACAGAGCGUUGGUGACGAGUUCCUCCAAGUCGUCAAGACGCACGUCGAUGCCGAUGGCAGGAUGAGCGAGCAAUUCGACCGUGUGACUGGCUACAUGAGGGGAGCCGAGGAUCUGACUUGGAGUUACGGCGCAUUCCUACAGGCUGUUAGAGCGCGAAAGACCACCAAGCAAUUGUGAGGUGAGGCGUUAUGGGCAACAAGGAACGGCGUUUGUUGAAACAAAGAAAGAAAGAUUGAUGACGACGACUUUAUGACUGUGAAAACAUUUUCCCUAUGAUAAUUCUUAGCCUGGAGUUGGGACUGGGGGAGUUUUUCUUUUUCUUUUUCGAAAGCAUCACGACAUGCUAGCUAUAUACCCUCGCUUUGUACAAAUUCUCACCUUUAUUUAUUUCUCGCCUUCCGGCGAUGGACUCUUGGAACCUCACAAUUUUUUU